AGCCAGAGAGAGAGAGAGAGAGAGAGAGAGAGAGACAGACAGAUGGAGUCGUACGGGGUUCGUCUUCUUCUUCUUCUCCUCUUGGGGGUGCUCGUUCUUCCUUCAAUGGUGGAGUGCAGAGUUCGGCACUACAAGUUCAAUGUGGUGAUGAAGAACAUGACUAGAUUAUGCUCCACCAAGCCCAUUGUCACUGUCAAUGGGAAGUUCCCAGGACCCACCCUCUACGCCAGGGAAGGCGACACGGUGCUUGUCAAGGUCGCCAACCACGUUAAGUACAACGUUACCAUUCACUGGCAUGGUGUCCGGCAGCUCAGGACCGGCUGGGCCGAUGGGCCGGCUUACAUAACCCAAUGCCCGAUCCCAACGGGCCAAUCCUUCGUCUACAACUUCACGAUCACGGGGCAGAGAGGGACGCUUCUGUGGCACGCACACAUUCAGUGGCUGAGAGCAACCCUGCACGGAGCCAUCGUCAUCUUGCCGAAGCGCGGCAUCCCCUAUCCCUUCCCCAAACCCAACAAGGAAUUCGUUGUCGUCUUGGCUGAAUGGUGGAAAUCGGACACCGAAGCCGUGAUCAACCAAGCUAUGAGUUCGGGAUCGGCGCCGAAUGUUUCGGAUGCUCACACCAUUAACGGACAUCCUGGGGCCGUUUCGGCUUGCCCUUCGGAAGGUACCUAUACGUUGCCGGUGGAAAGCGGCAAGACCUAUCUGUUGCGGAUAGUCAAUGCUGCACUCAAUGAAGAGCUCUUCUUCAGGAUCGCGCAGCACAACCUGACCGUGGUGGAAGUCGACGCCACUUACGUGAAGCCGUUCCAAACAGACACCAUCCUGGUUGCUCCGGGUCAGACCACUAACGUCCUCCUCACCACGGACCAAAACUCGGGCAAAUACUUGAUAACCGCCUCCACGUACAUGGAUACGCCCAUCGUGGCCAUCGACAACGUGACCGCCACUGCGGCCAUGCACUACUCCGGUACCCUUGCCAGUACCCCCACCGUGCUCACCAAACCGCCUCCUCAAAAUGCCACCGCGGUGGCCAACAAAUUCAUCAACGCCCUCCGGAGCCUCAACUCGAGGAAGUACCCGGCCCUGGUCCCGAAGACCAUCGAUCACCACCUCUUCUUCACCAUCGGCUUAGGGGUCAACCCCUGCCCCACUUGCACGGCCGCGAAUGGGAGCAGGGCCGUGGGGGUCGUGAACAACAUCACGUUCGUGAUGCCGACUAUCGCCCUCCUGCAAGCUCAUUUCUUCAACAUCAGCGGAGUCUUCACGACCGACUUUCCUGGCAACCCUCCGAUGCGGUUCAACUACACUGGGGCGGGGCCUGCGAACAUGCAGACCACAAACGGCACUAAGGUCUACCGGUUGCUGUAUAACGCCACGGUCCAGCUCGUUUUACAGGACACCGGGAUAAUCGCGCCGGAGACCCAUCCCGUCCAUUUGCAUGGAUUCAACUUCUUCGCCGUGGGCAGAGGAGUGGGGAACUAUAACUCAAAGGAGGAUCCCAAGAAAUUCAAUCUGGUCGACCCGGUGGAGAGGAACACCAUUGGAGUCCCAUCUGGUGGAUGGGUAGCCAUCAGAUUCAGAGCAGAUAACCCAGGAGUCUGGUUCAUGCACUGCCAUCUGGAAGUACACACAUCUUGGGGGCUGAAAAUGGCAUUCUUGGUGAACGAUGGGAAGGGCCCUAAUGAGACUCUCCUUCCACCUCCAAGCGAUCUUCCGAAAUGCUGACUGCCUGAUCACGAGGAGGAAAAGCGAGUGCUGAUCGUGCCAAGGUAGCGGAAUCUCCUCAUCGGAGAAGAAGAUGGGGAGAGAAAAGGCCAAGUCACAGAGGGAUUUGAACUAGAAGAGUGAGAUGAAUAAGCUAAAGAGACCCUUGAUAUCAUAACAUGCAGAAGGAUUGCUUCUUGAGUAAAACAGAAGGAUUUGCUCGACCCUGCUGCAAUAAAUUAAGCAAGAAAAGGAAUUUGCUUUUUU